AUGGCCGAGCUCCUCAACAAGCCCCGCGCAGACCUCACCGAAUACGAGAUCGCCGAGCUCGAAAAGUACGAAUUCAGCGCCGGCCCGCUCUCGAUCCUGCAGACGGCCGUGCGCUCGCACAACCAGGUUCUCAUCUCGUGCCGCAACAACAGGAAGCUGCUGGCGCGCGUCAAGGCGUUUGACCGCCACUGCAACAUGGUGCUCGAGAACGUCAAGGAGAUGUGGACGGAGACGCCGAGGAAGGCGGAUGGGAAGAAGGGGCGGCCGGUUAAUAAGGAUCGGUUUAUCUCGAAGAUGUUUCUGAGAGGUGAUUCGGUGAUCCUUGUGUUGUUGAGUUAA